UAUAUUGCUAAAUCCAAUUUGCUAAUAUUUUGUCAAGAAUUUGUGUGUGUGUGCAUCAGGAAUAUUGGCCUGAGGUUUCCUUAAUCAUAAGGAAAGGUCAUUGACCUUUGAAUCAGAGUAAUACUACCCUUCUGAAAUGAGUUGGGAAAUGUUCCUUCCUCUUCAAUUUCUGAGUGUUUGUGUAGGGUUGUUGAUUAUUUCUCAUGUUUGUUAGAAUUUACCAUUGAAGUCUGGUCUUUUGUUGGUGGGAACAUUUUUAAUUACUAAUUCAGUUUCUUUACUUGAUAUGGAUGUAUGCAGAUGUUCUGUUUGUUGAAUUGGUUAUGGUAAUUUGAUUCAUUAUGGGAAUUUGUUCUUUUCAUGUUUUUCCCUUUUUUAUGUCUGUUCUAUUUUUCCCACAGAAUCUUAUGCUAAAGCAGGAGUCAGCAAAGUUUGUAUGUGAAGGGACAGAUGGCAGGCUUUUUGAAUCAUGUGUGCUCUGCGUAACUACUCAGCUCUCUCAUUGUGACGGGAAAACAGCCAGAGACAAUAGGUACAUUGCGUGGUUCCUUCUCUCUACGGUAGUGUCACAUCUGAAAAAUGGCCGCUGAUUGGCUGGGGAGUAUUGUGUCCAUCAACUGUGGAGAUAGCUUGGGUGUCUAUCAGGGAAGAGUUUCAGCAGUGGAUCAGGUGAGCCAGACCAUUUCUCUCACCCAGCCAUUCCACAAUGGAGUGAAAUGCCUCGUGCCAGAAGUCACCUUCAGGGCAGGUGACAUUACAGAGUUAAAAAUUCUGGAGAUCCCUUGUCCUGGAGAUAGCCAGCGUUGUGGAGAUCUUCACCAGGCGGGGUUAGCUCCCUCUGGUAUCGGCUUCCAAGUGGGCAUCAGUCAGAAUGGCACGGGCAAAUUGGUCAAGAAGCCAACCUCUACCAGCAGUGCCCCUCAGAAUAUCCCUAAGAGGACAGAUGUGAAGAGCCAAGACGUUGCCAUUUCCCCACAGCAGCAGCAGUGCUCAAAGAGCUAUGUGGACAGGCACGUGGAAUCCUUGAGUCAGUCUAAAAGUUUCCGUCGUCGGCACAACUCUUGGUCAUCUAGUAGCAGACACCCAAACCAGGCAACUCCAAAGAAAAGUGGCUUAAAGAAUGGCCAGAUGAAGAAUAAAGAUGACGAGUGCUUUGGGGAUGAUAUUGAGGAGAUCCCAGACACGGAUUUUGAUUUUGAAGGGAACUUGGCUCUUUUUGACAAGGCUGCUGUGUUUGAGGAGAUUGAUACGUACGAGAGGAGAAGCGGUGCCCGCUCCAGGGGCAUCCCGAAUGAAAGGCCUGCGCGGUAUCGCCACGAUGAGAACAUCCUGGAGUCAGAACCCAUCGUCUACCGGCGGAUCACGGUGCCCCAGAGUAUGAGCAAAGAGUUCUGCACAGAUUCCGGCCUGGUUGUCCCAAGUGUUUCCUAUGAGCUGCAUGAAAAGCUGUUGUCUGUGGCUGAGAAGCACGGGUUAACUCUAGAGCGGAGACUGGAGAUGACAGGCGUGUGUGCCAGUCAGAUGGCACUGACCCUGCUCGGAGGACCCAACAGGUUGAAUCCCAAAAAUGUUCACCAGAGGCCGACCGUGGCCCUGUUGUGUGGGCCCCAUGUGAAGGGGGCCCAGGGUAUCAGCUGUGGAAGGCACCUGGCCAACCAUGACGUCCAGGUCAUCCUUUUCCUGCCCAACUUUGUUAAGAUGCUGGAGUCCAUCACCAAUGAGCUGUCUCUCUUCAGCAAGACCCAAGGCCAGCAGGUGUCUAGCCUCAAAGAUCUGCCCACCAGCCCUGUGGACCUGGUGAUCAACUGCCUCGACUGCCCCGAGAACGCCUUCCUGCGGGACCAGCCCUGGUACAAGGCAGCCGUGGCCUGGGCCAACCAGAACCGGGCACCCGUCCUCAGCAUAGACCCUCCUGUGCAUGAAGUCGAACAGGGCAUCGAUGCCAAAUGGUCACUGGCUCUGGGCCUGCCUCUGCCGCUAGGAGAGCACGCGGGCCGCGUCUAUUUGUGUGAUAUUGGCAUCCCCCAGCAGGUGUUCCAGGAGGUGGGCAUCAACUACCACUCGCCCUUCGGCUGCAAGUUCGUCAUCCCGCUGCACUCCGCCUAGAGCCCUCGGGCACGCUGCUCCUGACACUGACAACGAACGCCUUAAGGAUGUGAAGCUUCAUGGACCUUGUUAAACUUUUCUCU